AUGACUUGUUCCGUGUCGACCCUGUCGUCUCAUUCAGCAAGCCGCGCCCCAUCGCUUGACGGCUCGACAUCUCCUGUGUUUGAUACUGCAGACUACAUGACGGACAGCGACCCGCCCUUUGUCGCAUCGGAUAAUAUGCCCCAUACCCAGGCAGCGCUCGACUCUCAAUUCAAGGGCGCUAUAGGAAAACUCUCCGAUGUAACAUCUUGCCAGCCCCAACCGGCUGCUAAUAGACCACAGAGUCUGGGCCUACCCCUUCGGAUGCGGGACGGUGACUGCACCGAGCCAGACGCAAAUAAUAAUCUCAAAAGGGCAAACACCCAUCCCAUCAGGGCCUCAUCAGUCAGUCUGAGGAAGGCCUCAAAUCGGGCCUUUGAUUAUCCCCACGACACUGUCGACGCCGACCCUAGUGCAGCACUCACUUCAAGGAUCGCCGCAUCUAUCCUUCGAGAGGGCUAUGGCGUCAAGGCAGCCAAGACCACAGUGCCGCUCAAGGUCCAGGAUGCCGUGCACCGUUGUCUCCAGGAAGUGUCAACUACCGUACAGAGGGAGCACCCACCAUGGGCUCUUCCACAGUAUCGCCCAGGGGACUCCAAGCCGUAUGCUGCGGAUUCAGACUCGCAAUCCAGGACGUCUGAGCAACUCUCAGAACAUGAAGCCUCCGUCAAUCGCACCAGGUAUGGCGUCAGUAGUGGCGACGAGGAAGAUCCUUUUGCGUACGACAAUUCCAAGGAAACUCUAUACCAGCAGCUGUAUGGUUUCGGAAAUGGCGGCCGCAGAAUGAAAGCAAGGUUGCAGGACGCGUCGAGGCCAUAUUCGUGCCCUUUUAGGAAGAGGAACCCGGUGAUGUUCAAUGUUCGCGACCACGAGCAUUGCGCCAAGAGGCCAUUCUUCGGCAUAGCGGAGUUGAAGCGUCAUAUCAGGACUUACCACAGAGCAUGCGUGUCGCCACAUUCAUGUCCGCGGUGCAAAGCAGGCUUCGAGAAUUCGUCGGAUUUGGCUGACCAUCUCAUGGUACCUGUGGAGCAGAUGUGCGAGCCUAACAAUGCUGCCUCGGACAAUGUGAUCGAGGAUGGAAUCACCGAAGAGAUGGAUCGGACUCUUGCAGAUCGAACUCCGAGAAAGGGUGUGCACUCUUGGGAACAGAUCUGGAAGCUUCUUUUCCCACAGGAUGUGUCUGAUUUAGAUUCAGAAUAUCUCCCCGUGGUCGAGAUGGUCGAGAUGGAGCAGAAGCUGGACGACAGUCAGAACGAGCUUAGGGCGGACCUUAGUGAAAGCCUCCGAAAGCUGCUGCCUGAGCAGUCCGAAGACGUGUGUUUCUUCCUGGCCGGCCAGUUCCAGCUUGUGUUUGAGCAGCACAGGGCAAAAGUGAACAGGAAGUGCCGCAUCAGCGCCAGCGGGGGCAGCAUUCCGUCGAGCGCGACCGAAAAGACCAAGAGCGAUUCUUCGCGGCUAUCACGGUUCUCGAUGCGCAAUUUCGACCCGAGCAGCCUGAAGGCCCCGACCGUACACUCUCGGAGUGCAAGCCAGCAGUCGUCGCCAAAGUCCCAGGGGCGGCGGCAGUCGCAGACUCAGGUGGUCCCGCCGAGGACGACCGUUUCGCCGGCCAGCUCCUCGUCCUCGGUGUACUCACAGGACGCAGUACCCGCGGCUUCUAGCAGAUCCAGGCCAGCGACGCGAUCGAGCACCUUCAGCAUGAGCGGCAUGCAGGUCGAGAGCCCGCGCCUGCCGUUUAAAGACUGGGUGCAGGGCGUCAAGUUCAACACCACCAACAACGAGGACAAAAACUACCAGCGCGACUCAGGCCUGGCCAUGGAUCAAUGUGAAGUCUGCCAGAUGGAACCAUGCCAGUGCGAGAGCUACAACGGCUACGCAGAUCAACUGUCGGCCUUUAUGACCCCGGCGACGACUCAGCCUCCAGGCCUGGCAGUUCCGUACUCCGGGAUGAGUCAAGUGAGCGAGCAGGAUGAGGAGGUGGACUGGGCAGCGCAGUACGGGAACCAGACCUUGACUCCCGGCAUGUCCGGACCUGGCCCGAGGCUGCAGAUGAAGGGUAGCAGGAUGGGGCUUAAUUCGCAAAAUGUUCAGGCGAACAGGCUGGCACCGGCGACUGGGCAGGCCCAUCACGAGUUCAUCUAA